AGCAAUCAUUUUAAAUUAGAAUUGUUUCAACUAAAGUGGGUGAUUGCUAAGCUUCUAGGUAGUUAAGUCCCUCCUUUUCCCAUUCCAUUUCUUUUCAUACUUCAAAUUUUUCUUCAAUUCUCUUCUUAUCUUUUCAAGUGAUUAUAAGUGGAGACUUUUUGCUUGGUUUGGAAAUAAAAAAGAAUAAGGGCCUUAGAAAAUGAGCACAUCCAGAUUUAUCAAGUGUGUGACUGUGGGAGAUGGUGCUGUAGGAAAGACUUGCAUGCUCAUUUCGUAUACUAGCAACACCUUUCCAACGGAUUAUGUUCCAACAGUGUUCGACAAUUUCAGUGCCAAUGUGGUAGUGGAUGGUAGUAUAGUGAACCUUGGUCUAUGGGAUACUGCAGGGCAGGAAGAUUACAAUAGGCUAAGGCCUCUAAGUUAUAGAGGAGCUGAUGUGUUUUUGUUGGCCUUCUCUCUCAUCAGCAAGGCCAGUUAUGAGAACAUCUCCAAAAAGUGGAUCCCUGAGCUAAAACAUUAUGCUCCCAACGUGCCGAUUGUGCUUGUGGGAACCAAACUUGAUUUGCGAGAAGACAAACACUUUCUGGCUGAUCAUCCUGGAGCAGCACCAAUAACCACUGCUCAGGGUGAGGAAUUGAGGAAAAUGAUUGGUGCAGUCCUUUACAUAGAGUGCAGUUCUAAAACACAGCAGAAUGUGAAGACUGUUUUUGAUGCGGCAAUAAAGGUUGCUUUGAGGCCACCAAAACCAAAGAGGAAGAAGCCACGCCAGCAAAAACCGUGUGCUUUCCUCUAAUACCCAAUCAGCCUUAAUUUCAAAUCUUCUUUGCGAAAACUGUCGCUCGAUCAUGAGUUCAUUUUUGUUACUCUAUAAUUGUAAUAUUUUUUUUUCAUAUAUAUAUAUAAGCUCCUUUUGGAACUAUGGAAAAUCUGUAGGGGAGGACAUUGGGGCAUCUCUAAAUGGUUAUGUACAUGAGAGUCUUACACUUUUACAGUAUGACGCAGUAUUAAAUUGAUU